ACCAACACCCAACAAUUUGUACUACUGCGACAAAGCAGUUUCAGGACACCCCGCCGCCCCGAAUCGCCACCUCCAGGGCACCAAUCACCAGCUCGCCCGCGCCAUCUGGUAUGACUCUAUCCGCCACCAACCAAGGUCAGCCGGCAACCCUCCCCUUCCCCGUCCUGGUCCGUCGCUUCUUCUCCUCUCUGGUUGGCGUGUUUCGUCGAACACUGUCUGCCACCGCGCUCGUGUCCGUUCAGGUCUUUCCGGUUGACUCCUCUGUUUCCUUCGUCGGCAGAAAAGCAUGGCGACGCUUCCUCCCUCCUCUGCCUGACGACACCCUCGCCAAGAGCAUUUGUCACCACUUCGUCCGCCCGCAUCUAAAUUAGCGGAGCGCAAAAGGAAAUAUAGGUAUGGCUGAAAAAAUAAAAAACGGUAAGAAACAAGAAUCAAACCAACGACCUACAUCUAAAAGUAUAGAAGCUCAUCCAUUGCACCAAAUCUUCAUAUAUGACUAUAAUGGAAGAUAUAAAUGUUUUAUAAAUUUAGGUAUGACUGAUGCUAUACUAAGCCAUAAUAAAUUUUCCAAACAUCAUCUAAAGUUAUAUUGUUUAGGCGAUAAAACGUGAUUAGACGCUAGAACGUGCGAACGUUUUAGUAAAGUAACUUAACGUUCUAGUAAAGUAACUUAAACGCGUUUUAGCCUAUCUGCAACUGUUACCCCUAAUUUUUUUCCCCUAUAUCACUUUUCCCUCUAUUUUUUCAUCUCCCGCAGCGAUUCUCCCUAAAUACUUCUCCUAUACCCCAUUACAACUAUAAAAUAUCAUUUUCUAUAUUAACUAUCAAUUUUUUAUCUACUAACAAUUAUUCGUGGACCCACAAUACAGUGUUUAGUGGAUAAACAAUGACACGCUAAAUCUGGGGGAGAGACAAGGGAGCCGGCACGUAAAGGAUGUUGUAGGGGCAGCGCUGCGGCCGUAGAGUACCCUUUACAGAUGCCAUGAAGGGGAGGGGAUGCGGAGGGGCAGCUUUGCAGGCAGCCUUAGACCAACUCCAGCAGUGUGCGACUCCGUAUCCCUAAAACGCGCGGCCGACACAUUCUCUCUCAUCUCCGUAUCCGGCUCCGUUUCCAGCAACACUCCCCAUCCCACUCCGCAUGCAGUCUAUGACACCUGGGCCCCGCCAGCAGGCGCGCGCGCACGCAGAGAGUUGCGGAGAGGAGAGAGAAAGUGUGGAAAUGGGGAGCGCAGGGACACGGCGUCCAUUUUGCGGAGAGGGAUGCGGAGUCUGCUGGAGCGCGCAACAGUGCCUCAGACCGCGCAAAAUGGGGAUGCGGAGUCGGAUACGGAGUCUUGCUGGAGUUGGUCUUAGGGCGUGGGCGUUUUACUCGUUCCGUAGUCGUUCUAGUCAUUAGUGGACCUUUUUACAGCCAGCGCGCGUGGAGGCCUCCUCUCCUGAGCCAGCGCGUGGAGCUCUCCCAGACGGCCGCCCUCCUCAGCCAGCUGCCCACAACAGUCAGCCGACCGGCACAGGUACGCCGCCGGCCCUCCUCCCUCCUCCCUCUGCCCACAGUCCACUGCGCCGCGCCGCCCCGCCGCGCCCUCCACCGACCUGUGACCUCUCACCUCUGCGGCUCCCCUCCUCCCUCCGCAAGACCAGCAGCCAGUGCGAGUGUGGUGUGCCCGUCAAGUGCGGCAAGUGCGGCAGGGCGACCGUCGACGCGGGCACCCUACGCAAGCCUUCUUCUCCAGGGCGUCGUUUGCCAGCGACGAGCACCACCAGGUGCUUUGUGCUAGGAUAGCAGUGCUAUGUCAAAAGCUCCAGAUGAUCAUUUGCAAGCAACUGAGCAGGAAGGAAGUGUCCAUUCAAGUCAACAAGCAGGGCAACAACAUGUGAAUACAGCAGACCAGUUCUCAAAAACAGAACUAACUGAAGGUUCAAAAAUUGAACAGCCUGUCCAAGUAGAGCAACAGAGUUCCCACCUACAACAAGCAUAUCCAGAAAUUCAACUACAGCAGGCUGAAACAGAUAGCUUCCAGUUAGCUGAAAAAGAAACAGGGUAUUUUGGUCAACAGAGUUCUGCAGGCGCCAAGGUGGAUGUAGCCCAGCCUUCAGUAGUUCAGCAGAAUGCAAAGCAAACUGUUGGUCAACAAGCAUCAUCUGGUACCCAGGAUACAAAGAAAGGACCAUCGAUACCAUUUAAUAUGUUAAUUCCAAUCCUACAGGCACAUCUUGACAGAGACAAAGAUAUGCAGCUUCAAACUGUUUGGGCAAAACUUAGGCGUAAUGAAGUCAACAAAGAUGAUUUCUUAAGAGUUAUCAGGAAUAUUGUUGGGGAUCAAAUGCUCAAGCAGGCAGCUCAUAAAGUUUUUGUACAGAUGCAAGCACAGGCGCAAAGAAAUAGCCAGGCAAAUUCAAGUCAGCAGUCUUUAUUCUCUCAACUUUCUGCACAGCAGAUGGCUUCCAGUGGUUCAGCACAGUUACAUGAUCAGAAAAUUCGGCCACCUGGACCACCCAACCAAGGCCAGAAAAACCAGGUGUCAUCUUCACCUCAGGCUUUUGCACCACCAUCAGGCACCCAACCGCAGAAUAGUGUACACUAUCUUGCUCAUGAUAACCCUAACCAAAACCCUGAUGCAAAGGGAACAAAUGUUGUACCAAAUCAACCAUCUAGAAUGAACACAUCAGUUCCAUUGCAAACAAAGAACAAACAGCAUCAACCAACACAGUUGCAGCAGGCCUCACAACAAAUAUAUGGAGCAAGUAAUCCUGGUGCCCAGGCUUACCCUCGGUCAAUCACUGGUUCUCUUAGAUCACCGAGUCUUGUUCCAGAAACACAGCCAUCCAUGCAUGCUCCUGGAAUGGCUCCUGCAAAAAUGGUUCCUCCUCCUACUCAUCCAAUGAUGCAGCACAAUGCAACUGCAUGGCAAAUGCAUCAAAACAGGGAAUUGAAAACUAACGCUCCCCCUCCAAAUGCUAAUAUGAAGCAAAAUUCUGAAUCUGUUGGCAAAGUACGCAUGGCUGGCACAGGAAAUUCUUCAGCUAAAGGAAAGCAGGGAACUCCUAACUCUACACCAAAUGCUAGUGGAGGUACAAAGAGUAGCAAGAAAUCGGGUGGGCAGAAGAAAUCAUUGGAAGCAGCAGGCUCUAUGCAACCUUCAAGCAAAAAGCAGAAGACAUCUGGAGGCUCCCAGGAACAAAGUAUCGAUGAACUAAAUGAUGUCACAGCCGCUAGUGGUGUUAAUAUUAGGGAAGAGGAAGAACAGUUACUGUCUGCCCCUAAGGAAGAGAGCCUUGCCUCACAAGAAGCACGAAGAAUUGCAAAGGAAGAAGAAGAAAAUCUUUUCCUACGUAAGGGUCCACUUCUGAGGAAACUAGCAGAAAUCGCUCAGAAAUGUGAUCUGAAAAAUAUUAGUGACGAUGUGGAAUAUUGUUUAUCAAUGUGUGUGGAGGAGCGAUUGCGAAGACUCAUAAGUACUCUCAUACGAGUCUCAAAACAGAGAAUCGAUACUGAAAAGACCGGACAUCGACUAGUUAUUACUUCAGAUGUUGGUCGUCAAAUUUUACAGAUGAACCAGAGAGCUAAGGAAGAAUGGGAUAAGAAACAAGCAGAAGAAGCUGACAAGAACAAGAAACAAACUGAGGCUGAUGGCAGUGGUGCUACAGAAUUGGAAAAAGAAAAAGAAGAAAGUCGCCCAAAGAACGUCAAGCCCAACAAGGAAGAAGAUGAUAAAAUGAGGGCGAAUGCUGCAAACGUCGCUGCCCGGCAAGCAGUUGGAGGAAGUGAUAUGCUCUCAAAGUGGCAGUUGAUGGCUGAGCAAGCCAGACAGAAGCGAGAAGGCAUUGAUGUGUCUGCUGCUUCACAGCCAGGCAGAGGGCCAGGUUCCAGGCAAUUAUCCAAAUUUGGGAAAGGUCCUGGUGAGCACCCAGAAGGUUCAAAGAGGAGCCAUUCGAUGGCAUUCGGAACUGGAGGCAUGAAAAGACCCGGCAGGACAGCGUUUGCUGGUCCACAGCGAUUGAUCUCCGUGAAGGAUGUCAUUUGUGCCCUUGAGAGGGAGCCUCAGAUGACAAAAUCAAGGCUAAUCUACCGGCUGCACGAGCGAUUGCCUGUAGAUUCUACCGUAGAUUAGACCGGAAUAGUCAUAUACUUUAUUGUGGGCAUGCCCAAUUGCCCUUGCAUGGUAUUGAACAGCGAAGAAGCAUACCCGCCACUCCCAUUUGUUGUGCUUUGGAGCGGCACUGUAUAUUGGUGUAAAAUUUGUAUCGCAAAGGCGGCGAAUUACCAGCAAAAAAGGGUUUCUGUACAAAAUUCACUGUAAGCGGGGUCUGGCAUUUGCCUUUUCUGCAACCACGUCUGUGAGGUUAUUUCUAGCAGACUACUCAUCUCAAUAUCUAUAUUUUUAAGGGUUAAUUA